AUGGAAAAAGAUCUCUUCUGCACAUUUCGACACGGCAGUCAUAAGAACUUUAAUCUUGGAGAAAUGGUUACAAUUUACAAUUACAAUGGUACUCGAUCGUACAUAACUAGAGUCAGAUUCAUUUGUGAGCGGCUAGAUUUUAUCAUCUUAAAAAGUGGUGAGAAAAUGGAGAAAGUGCCUGCUCUCUCUCAUGAUUACUUUCCUGCUGAACCAUUACUCCUUUGUGGAAGAAGUGAUAUAACUGGAGAGCUUACUUAUUCAAGUGGAUCUAUUCGCACUUCCCGAUUGGAAUAUUACUCAGAUGGAAUGGUAGAAGAAGGUCCUUUUUUGCUGGGAGACAUUCAUACGUUGCCCGGUGAUUCUGGUGGCGCAGUCUUUAGUGCAAAAGGACUGAUAGGGAUGAACGUUGGCUCAAUAAAAUUUUUUUAUAACCCAGAUGAUGAUGCUAUUAUGUGCGCAGCACUCUUUAAGGUCGUAAACUGUAUGGUACGAUCUUCUGACCUUUUGUAUGGCAUAAAUGUCUGUUUCUCUAGUUUUUUAAAUUCUGAUUUGUAA